AUGAAGUCGCGACUGCGUCUCGCACUGAUCGCGCUACUCGCCGUUUCCGCGAACACCGCGGCGGAGAAAGGAAAAUCCGAGGAGGAGGUUCCGUGCAUAGACGACAAUAAGUUCUAUCGAAAUCCCAAGGCACCGUCGCACAGCGUCUGGUCGGCCGCCGAGUGCGCCAAAUAUUUCCUCUGCCUAGACAACGAGGUGUUCGAGUUCAAGUGCUCGCAGGGGCUCCUCUUCGACGUCUCGCGGCAGAUCUGCGACUUCAAGGCGAACGUCGACAACUGCGACGUAACUUCAGAUGUUCAACCGGCGAAGCCGUUGCUGGAGAACGGCCAAUGCGAGGAGAAGAAUCUCGCUUGCGGCGAUGGCACAUGCCUUCCGACUCUCUACUUCUGCGACGGGAGCGUGGAUUGUCCUGACGGCUCUGACGAGGGAUGGUGCGACGCGCUGCACGAUACGAACGCCGCGCCGGUUUGCGAGCCGCAAAAAUGCCGGCCGCCGGAUUGUUGGUGCUCCGAGGACGGAACUCGAAUCCCAGAGAAUCUUACCGCUCUCGCGGUGCCGCAGAUGAUAACAAUCACCUUCGACGACGCCGUGAAUGCUGAAAAUUUCGAGCUCUAUUCCAAGAUCUUCACGGACGACAGGAAGAAUCCUAACGGCUGUCCCAUAAGAGGUACCUUCUACAUCAGUCAUCAGUACACGAAUUACAGGGACGUGCAGUACCUGUGGAACGUCGGUCACGAGAUAGCCGCGCAUUCCGUUACGCAUCGCGGACCGGAAGAAUGGUGGUCCAAGAAUGCAACGAUCGAAGACUGGUUCGACGAGAUGGUUGGGGUAGCGAACAUUAUUAAGAAAUACGCGGCGGUUCAUGUCGGCGAUAUCAAAGGGGUGAGAGCGCCAUUCCUGCAGGUAGGAUGGAACCGCCAGUACCUGAUGAUGUCCGAAUUUGGCUUCGUUUACGACUCCUCGAUCGUCGCACCGUUUUCUGAUCCGCCUUUAUGGCCGUACACGCUCGACUAUAGGCCGCCGCAUCCGUGUGUUCGCGUGGGACAACUCUGCCCGACCCGCUCGUACCCGGGUAUCUGGGAGUUACCGCUAAAUCAACUCUUGGCAGGUGAUUAUACUUGCACCACCGUGGACUCGUGUCCUUCUGAUUUAUCCGGCGAAGAGGUGUACAAGAUGUUGAUGCUGAAUUUCAAGAGGCAUUAUCUCACCAAUCGCGCACCUUUGGGUUUACACUUUCACGCAUCGUGGUUUCAAAAUCCAAUGUACUUCUACGCAUUUAAUAAAUUCGUCGACGAUCUGUUACGACUAGAUGAUGUGUUCUUUGUCACAAGUCAUCAGGUUGUGGAGUGGAUGCGCAGGCCAACGUCUCUCAGUGAAGUCGAAAAGUUUGCAUCUUGGCAAUGCGAGAAACGGCAUUUCGAGCCGUUUGAAGUUGCUUGCGAUUUACCAAAUAGCUGUAAAUUACCGAGUAGAGUGCUCAAAUCUUAUAGGUAUUUGCAUACGUGUUUUGAAUGUCCAAAACAGUAUCCAUGGUUAAGAAAUGAAUUUGGAGUGGAGUGAAGGUGGCAAAUACGUAGGAAGCUCUCUGUAAGUUUACACACACAUA